UGACCACAUCUGGAGUUAAAAUUUCGGCAAUUGCCAUAAGGAACACUAAUUUUUAAUUGGUUAAGUUUAUUUUAAGAAAUAUUGUACGAAAUUGUCGUUGAUUUUGAGUAGUAAUGUUACUUUAAUAAAAAAAAUUGGGCUGUUAUAUUUAUCACUCUUCAGGUUCAAUCACAUUAUUCCUUUGUACCAUCAACUUAAUGUAUUCUGAUGUGUUUUGUACGGCAUAUAUCUUCUUGUUACUGUAAUUGUAUUUGUUAUGUACAGCAUACAUAAUGUUGUUACUUACACAUUAUAAAGUGGGACCCAAUGUGGACUUUAUGGAUUGUUUGCGAUUUUAAAACUGUAAAAACAUACUUGCUGUCAAUUAUACUUAAACACCUGUAUCAAGAAGGAUGUUAUAUAAUCUAUGUUCUAAUCUUAUCUUCUGAAUUGCAGUGUAGUAAGCCUCAAGACUGUUUAUUGUUUCGUUAUGGAUAGACAGAUAGAUAGUGGCGUUAAUAGACUAUAUUUAAAUGGUUAAACAAAACAAAAGAUUGAAGUAAUCACUAUGGCAGAGGCACCUAUCACACCCAAACCAGGUUUGCGAAUACUUCUUGUUGGACAUACUGGUCAUGGAAAAAGCUCAACUGGGAAUUCCCUUUUGGGAGAGAAUAGGUUCAUGGUGAAAAGAUCAUCUCGUUCUGUCACCGAACGAGUACAGCUAGAGGCUGCUCAGAGAUUUGGAAGAAACAUUCAGAUUACUGAUACUCCAGGCUUCUUUGAUACAAACAUGAGCAAUGACCAUAUUCAAAGACAGUUGUUAGCAACCGUUGUUGCCACAUGUCCAGGCUUCAAUGCAAUUCUGUUUGUCGUAUAUGCAUCCACAAUUACUGAAGAAAUACAAUCAACAGUUGAUCUGAUGCUGGCAAGUUUUGGUGAAGACGCAAGUGAAUUUGCAUUUCUAUUACUGACCAACAUUGCAAAUGAAAAAGAUAAAGUAGAAUACCUUGCAGAUGCCUUAUCUGAUGCUAAUUCCAAAUUAUUGCUGUUAGUAAGCCAUUGUAAACAUAAGGUUUUAUUCAUUGACAACACAGCAGAUCAAUGCAGUUUGGAGAAAAUGUCAGAAGAUAUCAUUGAAGCUAUCUGCAUUAAUGCAAAAAAUAAUUACUUUAGUAAUGACUGCUUUCAACAGGUAGCCAUAGAAUUAGGGAGGUUAGGUGGACAGAGUUCAAUGGAAAGUUUAGAGGAUGUAAAUAGCAAGAAGAAAGUUUUGGAAGAAAAUAAGCUCCUGGAGGCUCUGUAUUUAGUUGUGCAGGGUUUGGCGUGCUUUGGGAAAGCAUUCUUUUAUGUGUCUUCAGCAGCACAUGAAUUGUAUAUGAAGUUGGGAGGAAUAAAGGAAGUGGCUGCAUUGAUGAAGAAGUAAAAUUUAAAACUAUGGAUAGGAAGAAAACUAGCUUAACCUAUGAAUAUAUCUUGAAUUGUUAAUUUAUCAAUAUCGGAGACUUUAUUUUAUUGCAGAAACUUCAAUUUUUCAAUUAACAUGUUUGUAAGUAUUUUCAUUCAAAUGAUUUGCUUUGCAGUCACACUAGAUGUAUUUUAUAAGUCCAAAAAAAUGUGUGUGGUGUGUUUUUCAACAUAGAUUUCAAAAAAUCAAAAGGGGAGGUAGUUGGCCAAAACUUUUUUUUACAUAUACACGAGUUAUUUCCAAUUUUUAAAAUGAUAGUUGAUGUCAGAUAUCUUUCAAAAAUCUUACAAACAUUUCUUUCUAAAUGAAAACUGCACAAAUCAAAUGUAGCAAAAAUGAUCAAAACUUAACAUAAAUACAUAACAAGUUUAAUUAAGGACAGCACAAACAACUAUAAUUGAUAUGGUUAUUGUCAAAAAAACGUGUUUAUGCCUUACAGCCAAGAAAGUUAUAUGUUUUUAUCACAAGCAAUUAUAUAAACCACACUUUUUAACAAAACACACAAAUAAUGUCUUAAAUGGAUGGUCAGCGUUAAAAUAAAUAAUUUAAUAUUUUAUAUGUUUCUUUAGCUCUAAAUAUAAUACAGAACAAUCAAAUUAUACAGUUAUGCGAAUUAUUGCACCGUAAUAUGUUUGUCCACUAAAAAAAUAUGUUUGUCCAAUACCAAAGCCUUCAUUAAAAACAAUGUUUCACCACUUGAUAACAUAUUUUGGAGAAGCACAAUACUUAUAAAUUAUUAAUAUGAUAACUGAUGUUGUGUUCUGUAAGUAUUGUCAACGUAAAUUAAAACUGAAGUUGAAUUCAAGUAGACCGGAACUGCUCAAAAUUGAAAUAUUGACAUAUGGUAAGUAUGCACUAUUUAUGAAAAAAGUGCAUUUUUUCUAAUUGUACUUGACUUUUAUUCAAUAGACUACUUUUUAUGCCCCUGAAGUGAUCGGACUGUCCGUCAGUCUUUCCGUCUGUCCGUCACACUUUGCGUUUAGGUUUCGAAAAAUGCUCAUAACUUCUAUGUCCUUUGAGAUAUAUUACCUUCAUAUUUGGUAUGCAUGUGUACAAGAUAUGAGUAUAUGAACAAGGCCUUGCCAUACACACAAAAAUUUUGACCCCUGUGACCUUGAUCUUGAACUUAGGGUCCGCGUUUAGGUUUCAAAAUCUGCGUUUAGAUAUAACCUUUAUAUUUGGUAUGCAUGUGUAUAUGGACAAGGCCUUUCCAUACGCAUACAAAAUUUGACGCCUGUGACCUUGACGGUGAUUUUAGGGUCCGCGUUUAGGCUUCGAAAUCUGCGUUUAGGUUUCUAAAAAUGCUCAUAACUUCUAUGUCCCUUGAGAUAUAACCUUCAUAUUUGCUAUUCAUGUGUAUUUGGACAAGGCCUUUCCAUACGCACAACAAUUUUGACCCCUGUGACCUUGACCUGGAACUUAGGGUCCGCGUUUAGGUUUCGAAAUCUGCAUUUAGGUUUCGAAAAACGCUAAUAGCUUCUAUGUUCCUUGAGACAUAACCUUCAUAUCUGGUAUGCAUGUGUAUAUGGACAAGGCCUUUCCAUACGCACACAAAAUUUGACCCCUGUGACCUUGACCUUGAACUUAGGGUCUGCGUUUAGGUUGCAAAAGCUGCGUUCAGGUUUCGAAAAAUGCUCAUAACUUCUAUCAAAGGGUUUAUAGGGGGCAUAUGUCAUCCUAUUGUGACAGCUCUUGUUUAUUCACUCUUAUCUCCAGUAGUAAGAAGUGCUCAGGGUUGUUUUACAGGUCAGUUAACUGUCUUUUGACAUUGUCUUAUGACAUAAACAAUGACAUAAACAGGUUUGAUAUCUUGUUUCAUAUGUGUUCUGAUCAGUUUUCAUUAUAAUCUUGUAACAAGAAAUGUCUUCAGAAAAAACAAUAAGAGUUGAAAUAAAUGUUUAGAUGGUAGGCUGAAUAGGCUGAAUUACAAUAAAAUGACCACCACUAUAAUCUGUUUCAGUAUAAAUAAUAAGAUCUUAAAGGCUAGUCACUUUUUUGUAAAAGGUUUUGCUUGCUUUUUAAAAUCAUUCAUUUACGCAUCUUCAGCUACAUAUUAAGCUUAUAUGAAAUUGGGAGAAAUAAAGGAGUUGCUGAAUAGAAUUUAAUUAAUAAAAUAAAUUCAACAAACAGCAAUUUAAGAGUUACUGCAAACUAAAUAUUUCUAUUUUAUCUGUAUUCUAUUUUUAUCUGUAGGUAGACUCGAACACCAAACUUACAGUCAGUAACUGAGAGCAUUCUGGAAAAAAAAAAUCCAGUAAAAUAUUGUUUUAAAGAAAAUAGAUUCCUAAGCCCAAGGCCUAUAACUUUGUCAAAAAUCAAUGAAUUGGAACAAAACACAAGUUUAAUCUGUAAGUCAUGCGGGUAGACUAACACACCAAAGCUCUGGUCAAUAUCUGCAAGCAUUCACUAAAAAAGUUUUAAAAAAUGCCAUCUUAAAGAAAAUGCCUUCAUCCAAGGCCUGUUACUUCGCCAAUGCAAUGCCAUUUAUUGAUGGAUUUUGGAAUAACCUUGCACAAAUUGAAACCAUCGUGUCACAUGUACCUAUAAAGUGGCUUGUUUGUGACACAAGUGAAGUUUUGAGACAAUAGCUGAAUGCGUAGGCAUCUGUGACCUAUGAACACCUGUUGUGUUUUUAUUUUUAUGGUAAAAACUGUAAUGUGUUCUUAUACUGUCUCAGACCAAGUCCGUGUAACGCAGAGAUAAAAAACCUGUAAUAAAAACACAGUUAUUACUAAAAAAUCAUAAAAUCUGCUAACAACAGUUUUGUUAGCUCCACUGGCCAGAGGGGCUUAUGUCAUGGUCCUGUGUCCGUCGUGCGUGCGUCUGUGCGUGCGUUAACUUUUUCUUUAAACAUCUCCUAAACUACAAGUCCAAUUCUGAUAAAACUUCUCACAAAUGUUCCUUGGGUGAACCUCUUUCAAAUUUGUUCAAAUUAUGCCCCUGGGGUCAAAUUUGACCCCGCCCCGGGGAUCACAAAACUGAACAUAUGCUUAUAUAAAGCCUCUUUUGUGCAAACUUUAAAAAUCUUCCUGUCCAUAACCAUUAUAGUUCUCUACCAAGUUUGUUCAAAUUAUGCCCCUGCAGGGGCCAAAUUUAUCCCUUGAAGGCUCUCAUUAAAAAGUUGUAUAAGAAAAUUUGAUUAGUAAAAAAACAUGGCAACAGGAAGUCGUUGAACUUUGCAUGUUUAUGCGUUUUUGCUAUUUAUUCAUUAUGGGAUGAAUAAACUAUUUUCUUCUCAAACUAAAAGUUUAUCAAAAAACACUUGGAAUAACUUUUUAAUUAUAAGAGAUAAAUGCAUACAUGUCGAGCGUGAAAGGUAGACAAACAUGUUAACUUUCCAUAAAUGUUAACCCUUUACCAAACGACUCAUUUUGGACUGCCCCAGAUUGAAAGAGAUUGCAGACGAAAAAUAAUAUUGUAAAGGACUAUUUAUAAAUUGGCUGGGUGGGGUAGAAAUCAUUGUGAUAAAAGGAGAAAUUGCUCAUCAUGAGCAAUUUCUCCUUUUUGAAACUGGAAGUCCUGUUUUUAAAACGAAAACAAACUCUUCAGAAGGAGUUAUGGUCUAUUGGAACGUCAGAUGGAAGAAGUAAAGGAAAGUUAGGUAAAGCUAAUUGUUUGUCAUGAUAUCUCUUUAACCCUUACGCCAUAUGCAAGUAGUGUUGCCAUGAUCGCAACAUCUUGAUGAAUUAUAAUUCAAUUUUUUGUCUCAUAAACAUUUACUUUGUUUAAUAAACAACCUCUACAAAGUUAUCAUUCCUACUGCCUUUCGGCACCUCAUGAACCUGAAAAACUCGUAACUUUAUGUUUCCUCAGGCAAAUAUCUUCUUUGUAUAAAAAACAAUUUUUUCACCAUGUAAACAAUCGUGCUACACUUACUAAUGCGCCAAGAAUGAAGUAAAGUUCAGGUAUCUACGUCAUUAGGUAUUUUGCAUAUGUCAUGAACUAUAUAAGUAACAGAAGCUUUGAAACCUACAAACACUUUUUGGAAUUAUGGAAAAAUAUUCAUGAUUGAAUGAAGGAACUUUCAUUAAUCUUAUAGAACAAUCAUAGAUUUGAUCUUCAGCAUCUAAAAAUAUGCGAAAUAGAAAGAACAACAAUAUCUUUUGGAGAGAUCAAUGUACCUACGUUAUAAGAAAAGGACCUGUGCCACAAUUCCUGGGCUUUUUAGUUAACACCGUAGUAACGUUUUCCAUAUAUAAAAAUGCUCACCCUUCCAACUUUAAGGGCCCAGUGGGACGAGGGAUAGAAAGAGAAAGUCACAUGCUUGAGUACAUUUCAACCCAUGCGCAUUGCACGCAUUUUUCGCAUAAAAAAACAGUGGAGCGAUACAGGGCCAUCAUGGCCCUCUUGUUUCUAAUUGUUUAAGGUGAGCAAUGUAGGGCAGUGAUAUGUUGUUGUGUUUCUGUACACAUUUGUUCAAAUUUGUUAUGAUCCUGGGAUGAAAACUGACCAUAGUGAGUGCAGGGCAUUCAUAUGGUGUACUUGGGCUUGCAUAGAAAAAAUGCUUGAACAAUUUCUGAAGCUACAAGAUCCAGAUGUUUGGUGUUUGGUGUGUUACAUCAUAUAUUAUACCAAAUAUAAUCUUUUCUUGUUUAACAUUGGUCUUGCUCUGAAUGGAACCUGGUUUCCUUAAAAGCCUGGAGUGUCAUAAUCUUCUCCAAGAUAUGAUGUUUUGUAUGUGAAUUCAUGUAGUAAUUAAUGUAGCAUGCUAUCAUGGCCCUCUUAUCUUCCGGUUAAGAUUGGACAAAGUCUUUGUUUUGGUUAACUAUAGAUCAUAAUAAUUUUACUUUACCUGUGACAAAGGGACUUAAUUCUUUUUAGCCAAUUAGUUCAGCGCUCCCAGACAAUUGCUGUAACAUGCUUGUAAAACAGUAGUUUACUUAUUAUGAUGUUUUCAGUGAUUUACAGGAAAAGACAUUUACCGGUAAUGAAUUCUUGUUUUUUGAAGCAGCCAUUAAUUUUUUAGUGGACAAACACAAUUGAUGUUUUUUUCAGAGAGCAGAUCAAUUUGGAAAAACAAUCGAGGUGGUUGACACUCCAGACAUAUCCUUCUUAGCUUCUUUAAAUGUUGGUCCAUCUUCAACCUAUGAUGCAGUCCUGUUUGUUUUAAGACCAGAUAGGUUUUCUCCAGACUUGGU